AUGCGAUACUAAAUAAUCGGUUUCAAGUAGAUUCAAAUAAAUCCUAGUUUCGGUUUCGGAUUAAAAUACGCAGUACACAGCAAAAUGGCGUCUGGGCGAGAUAUGUCGAGUUCUGUUCUUGGAUCUUCUGACGUCAUUCACGAUUUUUCUUGUACACCUUGUUUUGAAGAUGGAAAAAAUAUGGAGGCUAUUAAUUUCUGUGUUAACUGUCAAACAUACUUUUGUGAAUCUUGUGUUGGAAUGCAUAACAAAUUGUUAAAAUCUCACAGUGUUCUUCAUCAAGCCGCCAUGAAAGCAGGAUCUCGAACCCAAUCGAAAACGACUGCGAUAUUACCGACGGGCGACUGCGAUGACCAUCCGGGAAACGUGAUCCAGAUGUACUGUGGGGAUCAUGAUUUAGUUUGCUGUACUGUGUGCAUCGCUGUUGAUCAUAGGGCAUGUAAGGGCGUAGACUUUAUACCGAAAGUGGCAGAAGGAAUCAUGAAAGGUCAAGAACAGGUUGAAACAAAAGCUUCACUAGAUGCUGUCUAUAAAGAUCUCCAACAACUCAAAGCGGAGAAAUCCAAGGAACUAUCCGAGUUAAAAGAGUCACAAGAAGACAUACUCAAUGAGAUUAUACAGUUUAAAGACCGAGUUCUAGCCAGAAUAGACGAACUGGAGAGAAAAGCUGUAACAGAGGUAUGUGCGAAGUAUAAAGAAAUCUCUGGUCAAAUAAACAGCGAAUUAAAUUCGCUUGACGAGUGUCUGAAAACUACUGCUGAACAGAAAAAGACACUUGACGAAAUCGGUGGAGAUAAUGAAGUACAGCUGUUUGUAAAUGUCAAACAAAGUCAGAAAGUGAAAAGAAAGGGUGAAAACUUGAUUGAGGAAUUGAAACAUACAGAUCCUAGAACAAUUUCUUUUGAGUUUGAUAAUCAUUUUGAAUCCAUUGUUAAAGAUAUAGAAUCCUUUGGUGCAGUGUCCGCAAAUCAUCCAUACACCGCGUCCUUAAUUGGAGAGUAUACUUGUAAGACAAAUACAUGUAGUUCUCAAGGUUCAAUUUUCGACUGUUGUGUGUUAGACAAUGGUCAUGUUCUUCUUACUGACUAUAGCAAUGAAAAGUUAAAACGACUUGACUCGGCGUACAAUCUAAAAGACUGGUGUCACAUAGACAGACCAUUUGGUGUAUGUCAGACUGGACCAAAUGAUGUAGCUGUGUCUUCAUGGGAUGGUAAGAAGAUUUGCCUUGUAAGCAUUGGCAGUAAUAUGACUUUGAAAGGAUCAUUCAGUGUUGGUGAGCAUUGUAGGGGAAUUGUUCAUCACAAAGGUGAGCUUUUCAUUGCAUGCGGAAUUUACCGAGGUGGUGGAAAUACGGUAAAGGUGUAUGACUUGUCUGGCCGGCUUCUACGUAAUUUGCAGUGCAAUGUUGUCUCCAUAAUGCAUAUGUCAAUGAAGUAUGAUGGUUCAGAUAUUGUUUUAGCUGAGAGUAACAAAGGCUUGGUUAAAUUGAACAGACAAGGUGAGAAGACAUCAGAAUGCUCCGAUCCUUGUUUAAAAACUGUAUCUGGUGUAUGUUACAGUACAUCUGGGGAUUUGUUCGUGUGUUGCAAGGACUCGAACAAUGUUGUCCAGUUUGACAAAGACGGGAACAUGAUAAAAGAGAUCCUGACAGAAACUGACGGAAUAAAAUCCCCAGCAUCGGUUACAUUUGUUGAUGCUCCCGAACGAUUGAUACUUACAUUCUGGUCAUCAAACACUAUAAAAGUGUAUAAAUUAUCAUAGAAGGGCGCUAAACUUCGUACUGUGUUGUCUGAUGUAUGUAAUUCCCAUGGGUCCCACAUUUAUAUAACCGAUUAUUAUUCAAGUAAUUUUGAAAUUGAUCAAUUGCAUUUAAUUUUUAGAAAUGACCGUUUUCGAAGUUCCUGGAAUAUGAAUAGCGUAUCCAUGAAUCGCACACAAAUUGAUGUUUAAUUUGGAGAUGAUAUUCUUCCGUCCAUUUCGCAUUACAUUCAUACUUAAAUAUGUGGCUUCUUUCCGUGCAUAAUACAAAGUCAUAUCCGAUCUUGACAAUCUCAUGAUGAACAGUCGGAACGACCUGCCCACAUUAAAUGGUAUUUCGCCUUCCGACAAGGUUCUUGAUCCCAGUUUGAAUUAUCAUCAUUAAAUCCAAUAAUCAUGUCGAUUUGAUGUUGAACUUUAUCAUUCAAAAUAAUCAGGUUUAGCUGUGACUGAAUGUUGUUUUCGAAAUCUUGGUUGUCGGCUUUGACACAAUUUUAUUGAGCGGUGUUGUUUAUGUUUUUAUAAAUGACUUAAGGUCUCGUGGAACGAGUUGUCCUUAAUAUUAUUGCAACGAAAUUUAUACACAAUAUAUAGUGGAUGUAAAUAUUGUAUUGGCGGUUUUAAAAGGGGGAAACAUGUUUUGCUUUGUUGAUCGCUGAAUCUUGCAAUUUAUUUUCUAUCCAUAUAUUUACUGGUAUUGAACGAAGCAGUUUCUGUCAUAAAAUAAAGGGGUUUUAAAUGUAUUUUUUCUAGAACGUUAAAGAUCUAUAAGUCUCCCAAAGAAAUUACCUUAGCUCUUCUGGUUUAUGAAAACGUAAAUAUCAAAAGUGUCUAGCGCACGUGAUAACACGCAGAGGGGUUCCAAAAGGGGUGUAUAAAUUGCGCCAGCUGAAUCGGUCGACAACUAAAGCAGUUUCGGUCAUCGAUAUUUGUUUGAAAAUUUAUGUACAUUUUGACAAUACAUACAACUCGAAAAGCACCAUCUAUACUUUUCCUAACCUUUCUGGUUGAAUUAAAUAAUACACUGUAUGUAUACCAGUUACCUCCCUUGAAUAAGAAAAUAAUGCUGUGGUUCGCUUAGAUGUUGACAUUUCAUCAAUAUUUUAUAUUUGUUUUUGCUUUCUUUAUUGUAAAAAUCGAAACUUUUACAGCCGAUGCGCAAAAACGAGUCAUUUUUGUCAUUAUUAUGUCUUUUUUUGGGGGGUAACUCCUCUCGUUUUGACCGCUGUAGGACCACAUUCGAACCAGAUCGCAAUUUCAAAUGCGAUCCAUAUGUAACAGGUGUUACAAAUGAGAUCGCAUAUGUAACAGAAAUCAAGCACAUAUGUAACAAAUUUUGAGACGAAUGUGAUCGAUGCCGAUUUUUGAUGUGACAUCUGAUCACAUUUGUCACAUGUCAUUUUCGAUCGGAAAAAUGAACAAAAAAGUGCCUUUUUACAUCAACACAUUUGUAACAUGUUUUAGCUCACUAGUAGGAAGUGACAAAGUAGGGUAUUGUGAUCACCCUUUGUACGUCGUCCGUUGUCCGAGCGUCCGUCCGUUCACAUUUUUCUUCUGAAUACGCUAGAGACAACAUUUAUUAUUUGAUUUGGACAAAACUUGCACAGAACUUAUAUAUAACUAUGAUAUCUCGGUUCCUUUCGAAAACCAGCCAUAUCACCUUAUUCGUCUUGGAGUUAUGGUCCCUGAGAUGGCAAUAAUUGAUUUUAGCCUUGUGAACGCGAUAGAGAUCAUAUGUUUUAGUUCCAAUUAUAAUCGUACGAAAUACAUCAACGUUGAACUAAGUACCGUGACCUUGACCCUUGCCCUGGGGACUUGGUUUAUGAUCACUACAGAUUGUCAAUAUAUGGUGGUUUUUUGUACCGAAGUAUUUGGAAACCUGACUUAAGCGAGUUAUUAUCCGGACACAAACAUAUAUUUUACAACAAAAUAACAAAACAAAUCUAAGUUCAAUGGGGAGCUGUGACCUUGAUCUUGGAUAUAGCAACAUGAGUCAUGAUCGAAAUACACCUUCUAUCCAUGCUGAUCAUUUGUACCAAAUAAUUUGUAAGUCUGACUAUGCAUGGGCAAGUUAUACCAAGGUCAAGAACCAAUAAAUAGCUGCACGAACGCACAAACUCCGCUAUUUCACGGCGGGAUUAUAAUAAAAGAAAGCCUAUUACCUCACAGGUGGGCUCAGUGGGGUGAGGAUAAUUACAAAAUAAGGUGUAUUUUCUUAAAAUCUCAUAGACAUUAGUUCGCAGCACAAGGUCGGACCCUCCUAGACUUAAGGCUAACGACUCCGUCCAUGACAAGUUGCAUAUAAUUUGUUCCAGCACAUGGCAACUUCCGGUUUGUCACUCAACUUGAAACAGCUCUGGAUGACGAAAGAUAGCUACAAAUGUAUGUCGCCACCGGGUUCGAACCAGUGACCUGAGCAAGGUAACAGUAGAAGUAGCUGAAGAUGUAAUUAUAUUAUAGUGGUAUUGGCAGUGGAUGCAGAAAUGAUAAUAAAAGUUGAGCCACGUCACGGGAAAAUUGGCAUUCGGACAUUUUCGUGAAAUUCCGGAAAGUGUAUAUUUAGACUGACCUGUGCAUUUAUUAUCUGGAUUAGAGUCAGAAAAUUUCAUAUUCAGGUAGAAUAAGCCUUCUUUGAAAUAACAGCGAAUGGUGUGGGCCCUGAUCAGACUGCGCGGACUGGGCCCACGCUGGUCGCAAAGCCUCGAAGAUUCCCGAAGGCCCAUUUUCUCAUGAUGCGGCUGAAAUAAUUUUAUGACGUCAUUGAUGUCGACGACGACGACGACGACGCUAACUUCUGAUAGUCCUUAUGGCAGUCAUUUAAUGAUGUUGCGAUGACAACCAACUGAUUGAACAUUUGCAGUAUAAAACUCAACAUGGUACAUAUGUGCUUCUCAUGUCAACCCCCAUGUCGGACAAACACAUUCGUAACACAUUUUACCUGUUACGAAUGUGAUCGCAUACGUACGAAAUCUGUUACAAAUGCGAUCUGUUGCGAAUGUGGUCCUAACAGACCGUCAAGGGGAGAAAUUUUCAACUUAAUUGGGGACGAAGGGAGUUAUCUUUUGCGCAUGCGCAUUAGCUGCAUGUGCGAUAUGUAAACAAAACACUUGUGUAAUGAACAAUUCGAGUUUUCUCGGGAAAGUUUUACCUUUUGUUGCACAAACUUCACAGAGCUCUGGUUUGCAGGGUAGCGUUAUGAAAACAAUCGCGACUUCAUUGUGAAGAUCUUCACGAGACGUAAAGUGACGCGUUAUCCGAUACUACUAGCUUCGAUACCAGUAGUACCUUACAGACUUUCUUUCGAAAAAUAUCGUCCGUUAUUUUUAUUUGUUAUGCAGAUAAUGAAAUGGUUCGUUAAAUGUUGACAGCAGCAUUGUAAAAUUCCAUAAUCGUCUAGUAUACUAUACCACAGCAGAUCCUUCCGAGAGAACUCUUAAGGUGACUGCCGCUAGUUUUUGAUUUAAUGUUAAAUAUCAAGGUAAUAUUGGUUGAAUGUGAUUGAAUUUAUAUGUAUUUGUAACAUAUGUAUCUGUAUUUUCAAAUUUCAUACUGUAGGGUAGUGAUUAUUAAUUUUACUCCAUUUCAUUUAAGUUAGUAUUUGUUUUAAUUUUAUUGUAAUAUCAUCUAUACCUGUGUUUUGUUUAGCAGCCACCAUUAUCCUGCUAUUAGCUAUGUAUAAAUAUAGGAAUAAAAUAAAAUAAAAUA